UGUGUGCUUCCUUUGGUGUGGUUGUGUGCUUGGGGGUGAUGUUGUGCAUCUAUCCGCGGCCAGCAAAAAGCAAAGAGCUCCAUCGUUGCAAUAUGUUCGCCAGAAAAAGGCAAACCACGAAGCAAUAGAGAGUUUCGUGCUGCGUAUCCCGCACGUGUGCGAGUGUAGGUGCGUGUGUUUGUGCUGGUUGUGUGUAAUCUCUUGUGCCCCAGCUCGAAAUCACCCCACAGUGCCAAAGGGGGUUGCAAAUUGAAGAUGUAGAUGCUGUAUCGGGAAGAAAGAAAACCAAUCACAUCAGCAAAACCCACGGGGAGGGAGUGUUGGCAGCGUUGUUGUUGUUGAUUUUUGUCCCCCCCCAAAAGAUUCAUUGCACUUGCGAAAAAGUGCAAUUUCAGGUGCAAUCAGAGCGUGUGUGGGUGUGUGCGUGUGUGUGUGGCUGCGUGUUUUGUGUUGUGAAUAGUGAAGAUUUGUGCCCUUGUGUGUACCUGGUGUUUCUUUACGUAAAAAAAGCAAUCAUUCAAAGAGCUUCUCCAGAUCGAUCGUGUGAGGCUGUGGGCGCGUCUUAAAAGAGCUGUAAUCUGCCCUGCGAUUGUUUCACGCUUGUGCCAGGUGUGUCAGUGUGUGCGUGUGUGGAUUUGGGAGCUAGUACAUACGCUACUACCAAUCCCAAGUGUGUAGUACGUAGCUCUGUGCCCACUGACUCUCCCUCCCCAUUUAAUUUCCCGGGGAGGCCCUUCGGAGUGACAUGAACUCGCGAAUCAAGGAGGAUGUCAGCCGACUGUUUGAGUUCUGGUGCGAAAUUGCUCCGGGUACGGGCGACGACUCUGCGCCGGGUCACAUCGUGGAAAGCUUCCCGGAGUCGUUCAAGGAUGCGAAGGUUACCACCGACAUUCCUGCGUUUGCGUUUCCGUGUGCGUUUGAAAGUCGCACCAUCCAAGUCCACUCGUUCGUGCUGACCAACAUUGACUCGAAAUGGCGGUUCGGGUUCUGCCGGCACGAUCCAAAAUCACCCACAGCGAUGGUGAUUAUUACGUACCUUCCGUGGCACGAUACGUUCAUGCGCUUUCUGAACGUACUGGCCGAUAUCCGGAAGAACCGACCGAACGAGUUUGCAUCGUUUCUAGCGGAAUCGUACAACAAGGGUGUACCGGAACCGGGCGCCUGCCUGAAGCUACACUACGAUCGAGCGUCCCAAACGUUCCUAUUCCAAAGACCUCAACAGUUCCAGCUUCCCAGUAUUCCGGAGAAUCACAAUCUCAAUCAAUACUACAACUUUGUGGAACCAAAAUUCAUGAUAGGCAUAUUCGCCGCUAUGCUGGCAGAGCGGCGCAUCAUCUUUGUUUCCCGGCGGCUCGACAUCCUCUCGUCGUGCGUACAGGCGGCGAACGCUUUCCUCUAUCCGAUGGUUUGGCAGCACAUCUUCAUACCGGUGCUGCCGAUGCAGAUGAAGGACAUACUGGCCGCACCGAUGCCGUUCCUGAUCGGCGUACCGGAGGCGGUGUACGAAACGUUACGGCGGGAGGAAAUUGGGGACGUCGUUAUACUGAACUGUGAUAAACGAACGCAGGAAACACCGUUCGACGAUGUGAAAAGUAUGCCCCAGGAAUUGGUGAGCUCGCUCAAGAAACAGCUCUCCAACCAGGCCGAUCAUCGGGGCGAUCGGGUUUCAAAGAUAUUUCUAGGUAUUCUAGUGCAAUUAAUUGGUGGAUAUCGGGAUGCUGUAAAGUUCAACGAUAAAAUUACCUUCGAUCCGGAAACGUUCAUCGAGUCCCGACCGUCGCAUUUACGACCGUUUCUGGAUAAAAUGCUUGAUUUGCAGAUUUUCCAACAGUUUAUCGAAGAACGCUUGGAUAUGCUAAACACUGGUCAGGGAUUUUCGGACGAGUUCGAGGUGGAGUACUUCCGGUACGCGGAAAAGUCGGGCCGAAAGACGAAACAGUACAAGGAUUUGCUGAAGAACUUCAAGGAUAAGACUAAUCCAGCAGUACGUUCGGCCGUCAAAUCGGUCAAGGAAGGUGGCAAAGGUGUGAAGACUGCUUACAAGGGCUUACGGUCGAAGUUUCGUGAAACGACCCCACCGAAAACGAAGCUCGAUAGCAGCAGCAGUAUGCAUCUGCACCACCAGUACGAUGUCGGUGGACACCAUCAGUCUGCGCCAAACUCGCCCGUCUUUAACAAGCGUCCGCAGACGAUCGCAUUGCCGGAUGACGUUUACCACACGCACAACCCGCACCAAAUGCUUACGCCAUCGUCAACCUCGCUACACAACUCCCCACAUAUCCUGCUGGGCAGCCACCAUCAUCAUCUGCAUCAGUCGCUUCCGCAAAGCAAUGGGGGCGUCGGUGGUGGCAGCAGUGCCGGUAACAGCAGUAGUGCCGGUUAUCAUAGCGCCUCGGCGGCGAUGACCCGCAGCGGUAGCAGUGCUGCUGGCAGCACAAGCCACAUGAACAACAACAAUCACAGCUAUGCCAACAGCAAUAACAAUAACAACCAUAUGACCAGCAGCAGUGCGAGCGACAUACGCAGCCCAACGCUAAGUCCCACCAGCUCGAACUCAUCGUCGGAGAUGAACCUGUGGCAGGAGAUGCAGCAUCAUCUGACGCUGUUCAAAUCGCCCGCUGUGAAUCGGAAUCUCAAGCCAACGAACAGUGCGGAAGGCGGGAACGCCGGCAGUCGGCCAUCAUCCCGGGCGGGAGCACCGGUCAGUCCACCGGGUGGCAGUAUUAACGCUCUACCUCGCAUACAGGAGUCGGUGGCAGUCGGUGCGCAACCGCUGCUAAGCCUGGAGCUCGAUAAUGCGCGACAGCAGCACACCGGGCGGCCAUGCAAUAGCUGCAACAACAAUGGCAGCGGCGACUACCACAACGACGACGAUCAGACAAACUUCGAUCUCUCACCGGAUGCACCGUGUCCACCGAUACCGCCGAGGCGCUUCCAGUCGGCGGCCGACGCCCUGGCCGCCAUUCAGAUUUCUCCCCCACCCAUGUCACCUCCGUCGUCUUCCUCGUCGAACUCAUCGCCCUAUCGUACCUACAAUAACUUUAUACCUACCGCCGUACCGAAGGCGAAGCCACCGAUUGCUGUUCCCUCCGGUACGGCUUCCCCGUCGACCAUCGAUCAGUCACCUCCCUUACCUUCCCCUCCGCCUCCACCGCCUUUGAAGGCGCAGGCCGAUGCGGCCAGCCGGCGCAACGACAUCCUCCAGUUCGACGACGAGGAGGAGCAACUGAUCACGCUUACCACGACGACGACGACGGCGGUCGGUGGAUAUGCGGGUACGGCGACCACGACCACCACCAGCAUGUCCAUGACGUUCGGUCAGCCAGUGGUCCGCAAGCAUGUGCUCGAUCCCGCGUCCAAUAGCACAACGCACAGCAACCACAUCCUACCGCUGCUGCUGCCCCAAACGCAACACCCGAGACAGCAACCGAUCGUACAAAGCGUAGCAGCAGCAGCAUCAACAGCAGCAACAGCAGGCAAAACGCCACCAUUGCAGCACGCCUAUACCUUGCCACAUCCACCGAAAGCGCAAGCGCCCCAGCCACCGCAACGGCCACCGCUUGCGCCGAAGCCCACCUUCCGCAAAGAGUCUCAAAACGGUGACACACCCGAUUUCCCUGCGUCCACAUCCGGAGCCACCACCGGAAGCACAACUCCACCGGUGAACGAAGAAUCCCUAGAUCUAAUCACGCUGGAUACCACCAACUCGAGCUUCGAGCUGGAGGACUUCGAUCCGCUCAAUGAGCGGGCCAAACCAAUCGGUACGGGUGGCCCGGCCGGCACCUCGCAUGCGACCCCCAGCUCAGCACUAACACCCUCCAGCUAUCCGUCUGGCUUGGCAAAUGCAUCCGGCGUAACGAUGCCGACGGCGUCCUUUCCCUCGACCAGCCUGAGCGUUAAUAAUCCGGUCUAUCCUUACUUUACACCGCUUUACCAACAAAACGUCGCCGUGUCUUCGCACCCUGCUCAUCAUCAACCUCACCAACCACACAACCACCGGGCACUAGGGAUGGGAAGCGAUGGACAAUCACUACCGCAGCGUUCGUACAGCAGCGUCGGGGAGCGCACCGGCGCGUCCAACGGUGCUGGUACUGGUGCCAGUGCGCGGGAAAGUAAUGUCUCGGAUGAUUUCGAACUGUUGCGAAACUAUGGUCUAGAUAAAUUCUCACUGCUGGACAGUGGUAGCACAAAGCCAACGACACUGCACGUUAACGGGAGCACCGGUAAAGCCGAGCAACAGAACACGACCAAUUUUCUUCAUAAUGCGCAGGUUCCGAAUGGUGGCCGCCAGCUCGGCGGUUGCAAUGGUAGCAAAUACCCGCCGAUGAAUAGCAGCAGCGGCCAGCCGAAAUCAACCUUUAGCAACUGGACGACGUUCGAUUGAUCAUGGUCAGCGUUAAGCGAGCUUGUGCCAGCUGCCUAGGCGACGAUAAUUAAAUAAAACUAGUUUCUCAGCACAUGCACACAGGAGAAACUCAAAAUCGAAAUUAUAUCACACAUUCCAACAACAGGAAUGGUGGUCACUUAAUACGCUGCAAAUAUUAAACAUUCAAUGAAUACAAGGAUUAGGGCGCGCAUAAAACUAAUCCGGAUGCAUCAAUGCUUAGGCCAUAUUAAAAGUUUAAUCAGUUAUCAUACAGCGAACUAG